CCUUUCUUCAUCACAUUUUAAGGCAAUGAAGAGUAGUGAAAAAUACAUUUAAAUUUGCUAAAUCUUAGGAAAUCGGCUAAUUAAUUUCUUUUACUUAUCACGUAAAUAAAGCUAUUUACGUCCUUUGUAGUGGAAGCUGUUGUUUUAUUAAUUAAUAUAAAUAAUGUUAAGCCUGCACAGAUUCGGUCGAAACUUUGGAUUUUGUAUAUUCAAACGAAAUUUCAGCGCCCCAGUGGCUCCAUUUGCCUCACACGUUACUCCGGACGAAGGAAAGAUCGAUGAUACCCGAACGGCUGAUACUUUGAUUGUGGGUCGCGGCAAGAAGUUUGCAAAGGUGGCAAAUACAGCUCAGGCUGCUAAAAAUCCAAUAGUUGCAGCGGCUUUUGCAUCCUUGCUUCAAGAAGAUCGCAGCCAGGAUGACUCAAAAGGUGGUGCUGUUUUCAAUGAAAUCAAUGACAAAAUUAUCAAUGCUGAUUCCGUGAAUGAUUUACUUGCAAUUCCCGGUCAGACAAAAGUUACGCGGAAGCAGGCUUUGAAGAUUGUUUCAAUUUUGGCGGAGUGGAGCUCAAUACAGAAAGUGAAACUAUCGGACUUUGAAAAUGAUAGCCGCUUUGUUCAACUGUGCAAUGUUCUGGGCAGAACAAAUAAUCGAAACAGUGCGUCCAAGUCUCAAUCCUCUGUGUCCCGUUCCGCCGUCAGUUUGUUACAAGUGGACGAUUUACAAACCGUGCUGGGUGUGACGGCAAAUGAUGAAGCCGCAAAGCUGAUAACGGGACUGACGAUGCCGCAAAUGAUCAAGGUGAUGUCGUCUUUGGCACAGAAGAAAAAACGAAGUACCCCAUUGCUGCGGUCGCUUGCUUUCAACAUAAGCAGUAAUACAAAUAAACUCAACCUCAAGGAAUGUGGAGAUUUAUUGUACGCAAUGGCAAGUCUCAAUUUUCGUGAUACGGUGCUUACGGCGCGAAUUUGCGUUGAUGUGGAAUCGGAACUAUCAGAAAACAAAGACAAACCAGCCCCUAUUGGAUCUAUUCUGACUAGCUUGAGUUUGCUGAGGUACCGAGAUACAACUAUACUAGAUUUACUUUCCGAAUGGAUAGUUGCUAAUAGUGAAAUCUGUAAACCAUCGCAUGUCAGUGCGUUGCUACUGUCUCUAGCAACGUUAAGCCACGAUCCAUCUAAUAUGGAAUCCGUUAAAGCGAAACUAGUCAGCAGUCUAUCAGAAAGUGAUUUCAUCAAGCCCACCGAUUGGUUGAAUACGGUUUGGUCACUAGCAGUAUUGAACUGUGCUUCAAGCCAACAUUUAGCAUCGGUGAUGAACACAAAUUUCAUCAGUAGUUUGGAAAAUGAACGGAAUGGCGAACUGUCUCCUGCGAUCAAAAUGAAACUUUUAAAUCUGAAUGCUUUCGCUACGCUUGUGGAACCAAAGGUGACGAGUGAAUUGAACAUGAAUGACCCAAAGUUCUUUGUUCCAAUCGACGCUUCGAAGGAAAAGCGGGUACUUAUUGCGGGCAUGCUGGACGCGCUCAAAAGUUUGCUGCCGUCGGAGAACCACGUCAAGAUUAACCAGCGUACAUCAAUGGGUUUCGCCAUUGAUGCCGAAUGCGUUUUGGAUUCAAAAUGUUUACCAUUAGCUAUUGACAAGGAGCAUCCUGGGGCAAAGAGGAUUGCGCUACUUGUACAUGAUUACCACGACAUGUGCCAAGGACCUCACCCAUCCCUGAACGGCGUACACACACUGGCUUGUCGUCUGUUGGAAAAAAGUGGCUACUCCGUGCUAUCGAUCCCUUACAAUGAGUUCAAUACGAGCGAUAAGUUACUAAAGCGAGUCGAGUAUUUGCAAAGAAUGUUCAAAGUCAUUGUUAGUGGAAAACCUUAGUUGUACAUAAAAUUGGUUUCAUAAGAUCCAAUUAUAUAGAAUUCCAUGAA